CUCCAGUCUGCAGUAGAGAAGGGGCCUAAUUUUGCUCCCUUGGCUAAUGAGCUUAGCCCAUGCUGAGCAGCUUUUAGUCCUGCAGGUUGUUGUUAUAGCGGGUUGGUGAGAGGAGCCAGAGCAGAAGAGUGAAUCUGAGAAGAGGUGUAGUGCAGCAAAAGCUUGAGCACUUCUGUUUGCCUGUCAGGACCACCACUGCUUAUGCUGGCACUGCGGCUGGGACAUCUUUCUCUCUCCCCCUCCCUCCCUCUAUCCUGCUUCUCUCUAAUACUACCUGACUCCCCUCUCUCUCCCUCUCUGCCUGUCCCGGAGCACUGACGGAGUACUUUUGUAGCUGCAUCACUUCUCGGUCAGCUGUUCUGUCUUCCCGUGUCUUUCACUUCUUUUCUGUCUUAAACUCUCACCUGACUCUGUUGCCAAAAUGUACCGGAAUCCGUGGAUCUCAAAUUACCUGAGUCACGUCAAGUUCUGCAGCCAAGGAAUUGGGAGUGAGAACCCCAUUAAACCAAGCAAUCCCAGAUUGCUACAGAAGAGAGCACUUAGCUUCCAGAAAGAAUUCUCCUGUGACGAAAAGGACGACCCAGCCAAAAGCACCAAGGAUAUAGAUGUUAGUCUCUUGGCCAAUCUCCCUAAAGUCUCUGAAUUGAGGAAACUAUUUGAGGGGAUUACCACAAGCACAAGUGACUUGGAAAUGAACAGAAAGGAGCGCAUUGCUCGGCGGUUGGAGGGUAUAGAGGGUGAAGUGCAUCCGUCUCUGCUGCCUACUUUGGUGGCCAACCGGCUUCUGGAGGAGGACACUCCACGAUACACUAGGGCCUCUGACCCCUGUGAGCCCUGUGCUGUUACAGUUCAGCGUUAUGGCAUGGAGGGAUUUGAAAGCCCAGAAAUGCAGUUGAUGGCUCCAGAGCGCCAAUCCAGAGCUCGGUGCAGGCCUGAGCCUCAGUCCUUCAUCCACACUGAGCCAGUUCACAUUUCGGGUCCGACCAAAGGUGUUCCUGAGUUGGAGUCCAAGGCUGAACGCAUUGCCCGCUACAAGGCAGAGCGGCGCCGGCAGCUGGCCGAACGUUACGGCAUCUCUUUGGAUCAGGAACCCGACUUGGACCAUCACUCCCGCUACCCCCGCUCUCAGAAAGAGUUGGACUGCUCAGAGAGACGUAAUAGAGGGGAGCUGGUGGGAGAGGAAGGCAGAGAUAUCACCCUAAGUGCUUACACCAGUACCUUAGCUACUAGCCCAAGGGGAGGCCGUUCAGCUCCACCACACGGCUACCCGGACCCAGGCUGUGAUAUUGGUCACACCAGGGUGGAGUUGUUCUCGGAGAGAGAGAGGCUGAUGAACCUGGAGAAUCAGCGCAGGGCCGCUCCGCCUGAGCCUCCAUCCUCCUCUUCAUACAUGGACGUGAUGUCAUCUUCCUCCUCUGCUAAGGUGCCUGCAAAAGACUACACAGUAACCGGCAUACCACCCAGUUCACCCAAGCAGGGCAGGCACCCCCCCCUCUCCUCGCCUAAACAUGGAGCGUCUCCUGGUGACCUGUUCAUUGAGCAGCAAGCCCAGAAUGUCCUCAGCAGACAGGGAAUCAGAGUUAGGGAGAGGCUUGUCAGGGAGGAGGGCCGGCAGAAGAGCCCAGAGUUCGGAAAUGUUACAGAAGGCCUAGUGUACCGCAGACCAUUUCAGCACCAGCCCCAGGUUUCUACACGCUACCACGCAGACCCACUAGGCCCACAGCAGGCCUAUUCCCACCAUCAUCCACAAGUUCAGCACAGCCGGUCCGGUCCACAGGGAGGGCAAGAAGUUGGCAAUUACCCCAGUUAUUUGUCCAUGACCUCUGGUCCUACAUCCAGAACUGGGCAGCAGCAACAGCAGGUGGAAGAGGAAGAAGCUGGUGAGGCUGAGGAGGUCAAGACAGAGGGCCUUCUGAGGAGCAGAAAAGCAGUCUUGCCUUCACAGAUCCGGCGCAGAGAGAGGAGCACUGAAGACCCACGAAGAGGGCGAGGUGAGGAGGAGCUGGUCAUGUACAGGAUGCAAAGGGAGGCUGAGGCAGAGGAACCUGUUAGAGGGGGACUUGGAGACAGACCUAGAUGGGAGGAAGCAGAGUAUACCUCCUGUCUGCAGGCGGCAGAGCGCCGACCAAGAGAGCGGGAAAACGCUGAUCGUGUCCACAAAAGACCGGCUGCAACCCACAUUGAGCCCAGAACAUCUCACACAGGGCCAGGAAGUUCCAGCUCCACCACAGCUCUGAGCCGAUCUGUGUCUGAUGCUGGAAAUCAGCUAGGACCCAAUCAGAGGAGCUUGCAACACCAGACCCAGGAACCCCGAGACGUCAGAGAAAGAGAAAGUUUGAGUAAUGGAGAGAGUCACCAGGACACCAGAGUGUCUGUGGCACAGCUCAGACAUUCCUACAUGGAGAGCACCACCACUCCUCCAACCAGCCGCAGGAAUGAGCUUGAAAUGGAGGAGCGUAGGGCACUGACGGGCUACAAGGCCCCAUGGAGAGGGGAAAGGGACAGGGGGCGCAGGCCCCGGCAGUAUGUCUAUCCUGGGGAGAGUAGAAAGACCUCUGAGAGGUUUAGGACACAGCCCAUCACUUCUGCUGAGCGCCAUGAGACUGAUAGGUCUUGUGUGAGUUCAGACUUUGCUUCCACUGAAGCUGAUGAAGAGAAGCUAGAUGAACGGGCCAAGCUGAGCGUCGCAGCUAAGCGCUCUCUCUUCAGGGAACUGGAGAAGAGCGUCGAUGGCGGAGCUCCUAAACUGCGGUCCAGGAAUGCCGCUGUGGACAGGAGACUAAGACGGACACAAGAUCGAUCCAGAACUCAGCCGGUCACCACUGAGGAAGUAGUCAUCGCAGCCACUCUUUAUGUUUUCAUGGUCACCUUCCUGUCUUCUCUGUCGUCUCUGUGUGUGUGUAUGACUGUGUCCCCUGUCAUUGACCACUGUAGCGCCCCAUCUCACGUGCCACAAAUGGUGUCCACUCAUGCUGCCGUAGCACGCGUCCCUAGCCCCACCCUAGUUUACAGCACUGUCCCACCAUACAGCCUGCAGGCAUCCUCACAGCAGAGUGCUGUUGCCCAUGAGCAAGUGAGCGAGGCCCGGCAGGCGCAGGAUACCAAGGAGAUCCGGGGCCUGACGCAGACAUCAUCGCUAAAAGAAAAAGAUACGAAGCAGAGCGAGACUCAGGAGGAGCCUGACCUCUGCACCCUCAGCCUGGCUGAAAAGAUGGCGCUGUUCAACCGGCUAGCUCAGCCUCCAACCAGGGUCACCCACACAAGAGGGGACACGCGACAGCGGAGGGCCAACGCUCGCUACCAGACACAGCCAAUAACACUGGGAGAUAUGGAACAGCUUCAAAACGGCACAGGCUCCCAUUUUGGACACCACCUAUCUUCCUCAUCUUCCUCUACACUCAGAGCAGGAGGGACGGUGUCCAGUGACCACGCCGGAGACAUCCACAUAUCCACGGCAGCCUGCGUGGAGCCCACCUAUGCCAGCUCUGACAGGUCUCUGCCCCCUCGCCAACCGGACAGCCCAGUCAGGGGGUCCCAGGGAUCCUCAGAUCACCACAGGCAUCACAUUUUGCCCCAAGUGGAAGACCAGAUUGAUCUGGGAGGGGGGAAGAGGAAGCUGCCCUCUCCUGAGAGAGCAGUCAAGCAGACCACACUGCCCCAGCCCCAGAGUGGAAGAGAAAGGAGAGAAGAGGAGGAAGAAGCAGAGGAGGAGCAGCUGCAGCAGCGGGCGGACAGAGUGAUAGAAGAGGAAGUGCUGUGGAGCUCAGAGCGCCACAGGCUCCAGGACAGCCAGGAGCAGAGCCAGAAGAGCAGGGCCACCAAUGGAGAGCUGCUGGAAUCCACUGUGGUAACAUCCAGAGCAGCAUCUGGCUUCCCCGAAGCAGCGGACCUGCACACGGACAGCAACGCACACCCAGCCGGCCCGGUUGAGCCUGAGCAGGGAGACGAACUGAGUGACAGGAUGAUGGCCCGACACAUGUCCAUCAAAGAGAGAGUCGCCUUGUUGAAGAAGAGCGGCGAGGAGGACUGGAGGAACAGGAUCAAUAAGAAGCAGGAUGUGGUGAAGAUUGCUGCAGCAGAGCAGAACGCUCAAUUCUGGGAGGUGGAGCAGAGCUUCAAGAAGAAGGAUGAUGAAGCGAUGAUGAUGAUUGACGAGUUUGCUGUGUCCGACCAGCUUUGGGAGCCAGUGUUUGCUGCUACUUUCUCUACUCCUCCUGAGCCUCCUUACAAUGCAACCGAAUCAGCCAGCCAGGCCAUCAGAUCUCGCAGACCCGUGCAGGUGGAUGAAAAACACCCCUGGAGACGGAAGAGGUUAGCAGAGGCUGAGAUGGAGUCUCAGAGCAUCGAGGCUCACAUGUCCAUUGAGGAGAGGAAGCAGCUGAUCGUGGCCCGAGAGGAAGCCUGGAAGUCCAAGGGCCACGGAGCUGCCAAUGACUCAACCCAAUUCACUGUGGCUGCACGCAUGGUGAAGAAAGGUCUGGCCUCCCCUGCUGCUCUUCAGACUCCUGUGCCGUCCAAACCCAAGAAUGGCAACAUUGCCAUCUCUAAACCACAGGAUGAAAUCAAGGCCAUGCCAGAUCUGAACCUGGAGUCAGACAGGAAGCUAGACAAAUUGGAGUCAUUCCUGGGCAAGCUCAACAAUAAAAUGUCUGGACUGCCAGAAGCAACCAUCACAGUGACGGAGAAGAAGGUAAAGGAAGUGAUGACCCUCGAAGACGAAACUUUUUCCAAGUUCUACCGCCAAGUGGAGGAACUCCCUUCCAUCACCAACAAGCUGGAGAUAGAUGACGACUUUGAUGCCAUCUUUGGUCCCCAGGUGCCAAAGCUGACCUCAGAGAUGGUACAGCACAAGCGGGCAGUGCGCCCAGCGCGUAAUGUCCAGUCAUCCAGGAACCCUCUGAAGAUGCUGGCUGCCAGGGAGGACAUCAGACACGAGUACACAGAGCAGAGGCUCAACAUCGGCCUGCUGGAGAGCAAAAGGAUGAAGGCUGAGAAGAUGAAUAAGAACUCUGGUUUCUCUGAAGUGGCUCUUGCCGGUCUGGCCAGCAAGGAGAACUUCAGCAACGUCAACCUGCGCAGCGUCAACAUCUCAGAGCAGAUGUCCAACAACAGUGCUGUGCCUUACAAGAAACUCAUGCUGUUGCAGGUCAAAGGCCGCCGGCACAUCCAGACCCGGCUGGUGGAGCCACGAGCAUCCUCCCUGAAUAGCGGCGACUGUUUCCUGCUCAUCACACCACAACACUGCUUUAUCUGGAUCGGAGAGUUUGCCAAUGUCAUUGAGAAGAGCAAGGCUUCAGAGUUGGCCAAUUUCAUCCAGAGCAAAAGAGAUUUGGGUUGUCGAGCCAACUAUGUCCAAGUCAUUGAAGAGGGCAUUAACACAAUAAACCAUGCUGUCAAGGAGUUCUGGAAGAUCCUGGGGGGGCAGUCGAGUUAUCAGUCUGCAGGAACGCCAGAUGAAGAUGAGCUGUAUGAGGGCGCCAUUGUGGAGACCAACUGCAUUUAUCGCCUGAUGGAUGACAAACUGGUCCCAGAUGAUGAUUUUUGGGCCAAGAUGCCUCGCUGUUGUCUGCUCAAUCCUAAGGAGGUUCUAGUUUUUGACUUUGGCAGUGAGAUGUACAUUUGGCACGGGAAGGAAGUGACUUUGGCGCAAAGGAAGGUGGCUUUCCAGCUGGCGAAGCACUUGUGGAAUGGCACCUUUGACUAUACAAACUGUGACAUCAACCCACUGGACCCAGGAGAGUGUAACCCACUCAUACCCAAAAAAGGCCAGGGUCGCCCUGAUUGGGCAGUGUUUGGCAGACUGACUCAACACAAUGAGACCACCCUGUUCAAAGAAAAGUUCCUGGACUGGAGCGACUCCAGGAAAACUCCCAGUCCCAUAAAAAACAGCAGCGAUCACAGUACUGAUCAAAAGGAGCAGCCCAGCAGUGAUCAGCCCAGUGCAUGCAAUGCCUCACUGAUGCUGACCCUCCAUCAGACACCUGUCUGCACCAUCCUGGAUGGCUUCAAUGUGGGCCGGGGCUACGGCCUGGUGGAGGCAGAGGAGUGGCGCAGCUACGAGAUCAGCACUCUGGCAGUGGAGGUGUGGCACAUCCUGGAGUUCGACUACAGCCGCCUGCCGCGCCAGAGCAUUGGCCAGUUCCACGAGGGUGACACCUAUGUAGUGAAGUGGAAAUACAUGGUCAGCACUGCUGUUGGGAAGAGACAAAACCCGGAGCAGCUGAAGACGACAGGAGCGGGGAAGGAGAAGUGCUGCUACUUCUUCUGGCAGGGCCGCAACUCCACCGUCAGCGAGAAAGGAACAUCAGCACUCAUGACGGUCGAGCUGGAUGAAGAGCGUGGAGCACAGGUUCAAGUCCAGCAGGGAAAGGAGCCUCCAUGUUUCCUACAGUGCUUCAAGGGAGGGAUGAUCAUCCACUCAGGAAAGAGGGAAGAGGAGGAGGAAAAUUCGCAGAAUGAUUGGCGUCUGUACUGUGUGCGUGGGGAGGUGGAGGUAGAGGGCCAUCUGCUGGAGGUCGCCUGUCACUGCAGCAGCCUGCGCUCAAGAGUCUCCAUGGUACUGCUGAGCGUCAGCCAGGCCCUCAUCUACCUGUGGCAUGGCUGCAAGUCUCAGGUGCACACGCGGGAGGUGGCAUGCACUGCUGCCAAUAAGAUCAAAGAACAUUGUCCUCUGGAAGCCGGCCUUCACAGCAGCAGCAAGGUCACCAUCCAGGAAUGUGAUGAGGGAGCAGAGCCCACGGGCUUCUGGGAAGCCCUCGGGAGGCGGGACAGGAAAGCCUACGACUGCAUGCUGCAAGAUCCAGGCAGGUUUAAUUUCACACCUCAUCUGUACCAGCUGAGCAGCAGUUCAGGAGAGUUUGCAGCUGUGGAAUUUCUCUAUCCCGCCAGAGACCCCAAGCAGGUCAACUCCAUGCCCUUCCUACAGGAGGACCUGUAUGCAGCUUCCCAACCAGCCCUGUUCCUGGUAGACAACCACCAUGAGGUGUACCUGUGGCAGGGCUGGUGGCCUCAGGACAGUGAAAGCACUGGCUCGGCCCGAAUCCGCUGGGACUCGGACAGGAAGUGUGCCAUGGAGACGGUUCUGCAGUACUGCAGAGAAAAGAAUGAGAAGAAGCCUCCCAAAGCAUAUUUGAUCCAUGCUGGUCUGGAGCCACUCACCUUCACAAACAUGUUCCCCAGCUGGGAGCACAGAGAGGACAUCGCUGAGAUCACUGAGAGGGAGGCAGAAAUUUAUCAUCAGAUUAUUCUGGUUGAGGAUGUGUUGGCCCGGCUCUGUAAGACCACAUAUCCACUGGCAGAUCUCCUAGCACGGCCGCUGCCUGAGGGAGUGGACCCCCUCCGCCUGGAGGUCUACUUGUCUGAUGAGGACUUCCAGGGUGUGGGGGCUUAUGGGAAGAGAGCCCUGGAGAUGAGCAAAGAGGAGUUCGGCGCUCUGCCCGGCUGGAAGCAGAUGAACUUGAAGAAAGCCAAAGGACUUUUCUGAAUGAUGAAAAACUGGGCGCUGCUGAUGUCAUCAGAAAACUCCGAGACUCCAAGGGUGGGGCUGCCUCUUCUGAGUUGACCCUUGAGCAGAUGAGGAUGGAUGAGAGGAGCUGUGGGCAUGUGUUUUGGUUGUAGGAGAGGAUUGUGAGUGGAUGCAUGUUUUUAAUGGCAGUCAUGUAAAUUCCCACUCUGUUAAUGUAUGUACUUGUGUACUUUGAGCAGGAGCACCUUACACUGUCAGCUUUGCAGCCAUGGUGUCGGCAGGUCUGUCAGCCUGCUGAACUCCCUCCACAUGAUACUCUCUGCUAUGUAUGUUUGUGCAUUAAAAAUAAAUUAUAUUUAUAUUAAAUCCAUGUAGAAUUUUUUAAAAAAAAGGAAAAUCUCAAUAGAUAUUGAAAACCUAACAAAAUAAAGUGUAUAAUAAAUGUUGCAGAGGUUUGCGUCUCAUGUUCCAGCUGUACAGAUCAGUUUGCUGUUUACUGAUCAAAUGAAGCUCUUGGUAUGACUUGGUGUCAUUACUGUGGGACAGAUACAGACUUGAUUAAAGGCAAAAAAAGAAUGAUGAAAUGUUUGAUUUUUAAUUCUUUCAGUGUAUAGUGCCUUGCUUUGUGUACAGUUUAUAUACAGAUCCUAGUCUGCAUUUUGGAGACUGUUGUGAUAUAAAGAUGUAUUCUAGAAAUAAACCUGGAAAGUUUGAUAUCUGAA